AUGGUAAACGCUCUAAAAAUGCGACGAGGACAAAUUAGAGCAAAUAAGCAUACGACGAUCGAAGAAGCAUGGGAAGAGUUCCAGCAGGUACAGUCGGAGAUUGGGGAUGAAGAAGAUGAAAAUGAACAUGAACAAUAUCAAGUAGACUUCGAAGAGCUAUAUUUCAAGGCAAUGGCCAAAGCGGAAGAGAGACUACAACAAACAGAAAUGAAAGAAAACUCGUCCAUCAACGCACAAGUGGAAAAAGAAAAAACAGGUGUGAGAGAGAUAAGUAAUGCUGUACCGUCAAUAAAAUUAGCUGCAUUACAAAUACCCGCGUUCUCAGGUUUAUACUCCGAAUGGACUCCGUUCUAUGAUAUAUACACCGCAUUGGUUCACGAUAACAAACACCUGACAACAAUAGAAAAAUUUAUUCAUUUACGUGCGUCGUUAUCUGGCGACGCGGCGAACUGUGUUAAGAACCUGGAGACCACAGUUAAUAAUUAUGAACACGUUUGGAACAGUUUAGUUUCAAGAUACAAUAAUAAAAAAUUAUUAGUACAAACACACGUAAAAGGUAUUUGUGAUUUACCUACAGUGAAAGCGAGUUCGUCCACGGGUUUGCGACAAUUUUCAGAUGGUUUACGUGGUCAUAUAUCGGCUUUAAGAGCAUUGGAUCAACGUCCGUCAGAGUGGGGACCAUUGUUAACACAUAUUAUAUGUACUAAAUUAGACGCAGUCACUAUAAGCGAUUGGGAAACAAAGUGCGGUAGAGACGAAAUCAAAAAAGUCGACGAAUUAAUCGAAUUUUUAGAAGCCCGUUUUCACAUAUUAGAAGCAGUUGAAUCGUCUAAAAAAAUAUGCAGUGUGUCGAAAAAUGUUAACGAAAAUAAUAGUUACACAGUUUUCAUCGAGAAUUCAUCGGAAGCAAACAGUAAAACUGAGGGAGAAGCAUCUGCGUUAAACACCGUGACCGCCCACGCAUUCGCGUUGGGCGAACAAGUAUUAUUAGCUACAGUAGUAGCCCUAGCUGUGAGUCCCUACACGAAAACGACGACAUAUCGUGCUUUAUUAGACUCGGGGUCUCAAAAGAAUUUUAUAACAGAAGAGAUGGUGCAGACACUACGUUUAAAAAGAGAUAAAAUUAAACACGUAAUUAGUGGUAUCGGAGAAAUAGUACAACAUGCAUCGUCGGCCGUAUGGUUAAAAAUAAAAUCUCGCGUAAGUGAUUACGCGGUGUUUCUACCGAUGAUAGUCGUACCAAAGAUUACGGGUCAAUUACCUCCGCAAAAUAUAAAAACAACAUGUAAUGUUCCCGAUAACAUUAAAUUGGCCGAUCCACAUUUUAACACGCCCCAAAAAAUCGACAUAUUAUUAGGCGCAACGCAUUUUUAUGAAUUUUUAUGCGACGGACAAAUACGUCCCUCGGCAACCGGGCCGUUAUUCCAAGAAACAGUAUUUGGAUGGGUAGCCGCUGGAUCAAUAUCGGAAAAUAAUUUAUCAAAAGCAUUAGCAAUAGAACGUAAAUUACAAAAAGAUAAGAAAUUAAAGGAAGAAUAUUUUUCCUUCAUGAAAGAGUAUCCCGGGUAG